CAGGGUCGGCGGCGGAUGCGCGCCGCAUUGCGAGCCUCAGACGCGCGGGCGCGGGGGACAGCGCCGGGGUGGCCUGGCUGGGGCAGCUGGAGGCGACAGGUUCAUCAAACACCAACGACAUCUGUGCUUCGGGGUCCUGGUCGGUUGUGCCUGGACUGAGCGGUGGGCGCGGCGCGAGAACGAAUCUCUGAUAUUUUUCCUUGGCACCCUUUAACCCUGUUUGCUGAAGCUGCUUUCAGCUGUUGACAUCAUCCUGGGAACAGGACGGCUUUGAAAAGCAGGAAAACUUUUGGGAGGCUCUUGGCCCAGUGGAUCUUCUGAAGUCCACAGAGCAAUGCUAAGACGACCUUUGGUUUAAAGAAAAGGAAAGACAACUUCUUCAGAUAAGAAGACCUACUUCAAAGUUCCCUGCAUGAAAAAUUAUUUAAACGUUGCACACAAAUCUUUUGUGAAAGAAGAAAAGGAAAUUCAGCUUGUGGGUCUCAGCAGGAGUGAAGCUAAUGCAGCUUAAAAUAAUGCCGAAAAAGAAGCGCUUAUCUGCGGGCAGAGUGCCCCUGGUUCUCCUCCUGUGCCAGAUGAUUAGUGCACUGGAAGUACCUCUUGAUCCAAAACUUCUUGAAGACUUGGUGCAACCACCAACAAUCACUCAACAGUCUCCAAAAGAUUACAUUAUUGACCCUCGGGAGAACAUUGUGAUCCAGUGUGAGGCCAAAGGGAAGCCUCCUCCAAGCUUUUCCUGGACACGAAAUGGAACUCAUUUUGACAUAGAUAAGGACCCUCUGGUCACCAUGAAGCCUGGCUCAGGAACUCUCAUAAUCAACAUUAUGAGUGAAGGGAAAGCAGAGACUUAUGAAGGAGUCUAUCAGUGUACAGCGAGGAAUGAGCGUGGAGCUGCAAUUUCUAAUAACAUUGUUGUCCGCCCAUCCAGAUCGCCGUUAUGGACCAAAGAAAAACUUGAACCAAUUACACUUCGAAAUGGUCAAUCUUUAGUACUUCCCUGUAGACCCCCAAUUGGACUACCACCAGCUAUAAUAUUUUGGAUGGAUAACUCUUUUCAAAGACUUCCACAGAGUGAGAGGGUUUCUCAAGGUCUGAAUGGAGACCUUUAUUUUUCCAAUGUCCUCCCACAAGACACCCGUGAAGACUAUAUAUGUUAUGCCAGAUUUAAUCACACUCAAACUAUACAGCAGAAGCAACCUAUUUCUGUGAAGGUAAUUUCAGUGGAUGAAUUGAAUGACACUAUAGCUGCUAAUUUGAGUGACACUGAGUUUAAUGGUGCUAAAUCAAGUAAAGAGAGGCCACCAACAUUUUUAACUCCAGAAGGCAAUGCAAGUCACAAAGAAGAAUUAAGAGGAAAUGUGCUUUCACUGGAGUGCAUUGCAGAAGGCCUGCCUACCCCAAUUAUUUACUGGAUAAAAGAAGAUGGAACACUACCCAUCAACCGGACAUUUUAUCGGAACUUUAAGAAAACCUUACAGAUUGUUCAUGUUUCAGAAGCAGACUCUGGGAAUUACCAGUGUAUAGCCAAAAAUGCAUUAGGAGCCAUCCAUCAUACCAUUUCUGUCACAGUUAAAGCGGCUCCUUACUGGAUCAUGGCACCUCAAAAUCUUGUGCUGUCCCCAGGAGAGGACGGGACCCUGAUCUGUAGAGCUAAUGGCAACCCCAAACCCAGAAUUAGCUGGUUAACAAAUGGAGUCCCAAUAGAAAUUGCUCCUGAUGACCCCAGCAGAAAAAUAGAUGGUGAUACCAUUAUUUUUUCAAAUGUUCAAGAAAGAUCAAGUGCAGUUUAUCAGUGCAAUGCCUCUAAUGAAUAUGGAUAUUUAUUGGCAAAUGCAUUUGUAAAUGUGCUCGCUGAGCCACCACGAAUCCUCACAGCUUCAAAUACUCUCUACCAGGUCAUUGCGAACAGGCCUGCUUUGCUAGAUUGUGUCUUCUUUGGGUCUCCUCUGCCUACCAUUGAGUGGUUUAAAGGAGCCAAAGGAAGUGCUCUUCAUGAAGACAUUUAUGUUUUACAUGAAAAUGGAACUUUGGAAAUUCCUGUGGCCCAAAAGGAUAGUUCAGGAACUUAUACAUGUGUUGCACGGAACAAAUUAGGGAUGGCAAAGAAUGAUGUUCACUUGGAAAUCAAAGAUCCAACGAGGAUCAUCAAACAGCCUGAAUAUGCAGUUGUACAAAGAGGGAGCACAGUGUCCUUUGAAUGCAAAGUGAAGCAUGAUCACACCUUAGUCCCCACUGUCACGUGGUUGAAGGACAACAGCGAGCUGCCCAACGAUGAAAGGUUCACUGUCAACAAGGAUCAUUUGGUGGUGGCAGAUGUAAGUGACGAUGAUGGUGGGACCUACACUUGUGUGGCCAACACAACUCUGGACAAUGUUUCUGCAAGUGCCGUGCUCAGCGUUGUUGCUCCUACUCCAACUCCAGCUCCCAUUUACGAUGUCCCAAAUCCUCCCUUUGAUUUAGAAUUGACUAAUCAACUCGACAAAAGUGUUCAGCUGUCCUGGACCCCAGGCGAUGACAACAACAGCCCUAUUACAAAAUUCAUCAUUGAAUAUGAGGAUGCAAUGCAUGAGGCAGGACUGUGGCACCACCAAACUGAAGUUUCUGGAACACAGACCACAGCCCAGCUGACACUGUCUCCUUAUGUGAACUACUCCUUCCGAGUGAUGGCAGUGAACAGUAUCGGGAGGAGCUUGCCCAGCGAGGCUUCCGAACAGUAUCUGACAAAAGCCACAGAACCAGAUAAAAAUCCCACAGCUGUGGAAGGACUGGGUUCGGAACCUGAUAAUCUGGUGAUUACUUGGAAGCCCCUGAAUGGCUUUGAAUCUAACGGGCCAGGCCUUCAGUACAAAGUGAGCUGGCGCCAGAAAGAUGGUGAUGAUGAAUGGACUUCUGUGGUGGUGGCAAAUGUCUCCAAAUACAUUGUCUCCGGCACACCAACCUUUGUCCCAUACUUGAUAAAAGUUCAGGCCCUGAAUGAUGUGGGCUUUGCUCCAGAGCCAGCUGUAGUCAUGGGACAUUCUGGAGAAGACCUCCCUAUGGUUGCUCCUGGGAAUGUACGUGUGAAUGUGGUGAACAGCACCUUGGCAGAGGUGCACUGGGAUCCAGUACCUCUGAAAAGUAUCCGAGGACACCUACAAGGCUAUCGGAUUUACUAUUGGAAGGCACAGAGUUCAUCCAAAAGAAACAGACGUCACAUUGAGAAAAAGAUCCUCACCUUCCAAGGCAGCAAGACUCAUGGCAUGCUGCCUGGACUAGAGCCCUUCAGCCACUACACUCUGAACGUCCGCGUGGUCAAUGGGAAAGGGGAGGGCCCGGCCAGCCCCGACAGACUCUUUACUACUCCAGAAGGAGUCCCCAGUUCUCCUUCAUCUUUGAAGAUUGUUAAUCCCACACGGGACUCUCUCACUUUGGAAUGGGAUCCGCCAAGUCACCCAAAUGGCAUUUUGACUGAAUACACCUUAAAAUUUCAGCCAAUUAACAGUACUCACGAAUUAGGCCCUCUGAUAGAUUUAAAAAUUCCUGCCAACAAGACACGCUGGACUUUAAAAAAUUUAAAUUUUAGCACUCGGUAUAAAUUUUAUUUGUAUGCACAAACAUCAGCAGGAUCGGGAAGUCAAAUUACAGAGGAAGCAAUGACAACUACAGAUGAAGGUAAGAUGGCUGGUAUUCUUCCACCUGAUGUAGGUGCAGGCAAAGUUCAAGCAGUAAGUCCCAGGAUCAGCAAUCUUACUGCCGCAGCUGCUGAGACCUGUGCCAAUAUCAGUUGGGAGUAUGAGGGACCAGAGCAUGUGAACUUUUAUGUUGAAUAUGGUGUAGCAGGCAGCAAAGAAGAAUGGAGAAAAGAAAUUGUAAAUGGUUCUCGGACCUUCUUUGGGUUAAAGGGUCUAAUGCCAGGAACAGCAUACAAAGUUCGAGUUGUUGCUGUGGGGGACUCUGGUUUUGUGAGUUCAGAGGAUGUGUUUGAGACAGGCCCAGCAAUGGCAAGCCGGCAGGUGGAUAUUGCAACUCAGGGCUGGUUCAUAGGUCUAAUGUGUGCUGUUGCGCUCCUGAUUUUAAUUCUGCUGAUUGUUUGCUUCAUCAGAAGAAACAAGGGUGGUAAAUACCCAGUUAAAGAAAAGGAAGAUGCUCAUGCAGAUCCUGAAAUCCAGCCGAUGAAGGAAGAUGAUGGAACUUUUGGAGAAUACAGGUCUCUUGAAAGUGACGCAGAAGACCACAAGCCUUUGAAAAAAGGAAGUCGAACACCUUCAGACAGGACUGUGAAAAAAGAAGAUAGCGAUGAUAGCUUGGUUGACUAUGGAGAGGGGGUGAAUGGCCAGUUCAAUGAGGAUGGCUCCUUUAUUGGACAAUACAGUGGUAAGAAAGAGAAAGAACCAGCGGAGGGAAAUGAAAGCUCAGAGGCACCUUCUCCUGUCAAUGCCAUGAAUUCCUUUGUUUAAUUUUUAAGCUCUUUGCCAAUGUCUGAUUUCUCUAGAAUGUUUAUCUUAAGCACUUGUUUGUCAGCCCUCUCAUACUAUGAACAUAUGGGUAGAAAGUAUGUUUUCUGCUGUAUGUUAAUAUUAUGAGAACAGUUAGAGCAAGAACACAACUCAGUUAAAUGACAUGUCAAUGUGAAAUGGAGUGCAAAGUGCAUACUUUUUCAUUCAAAGUGGGUUGUCUCGAUUUCCUCAGAACUGAUCAAAAUGAUGCAACAUCGUCAACAAAUCAUGCUAUUUCCUCUUCAAGAUACAGUUCAAUAGGAUGCAUGAAAAAUGCUACACAUUUAAAGGACAUACCUAAGUUAAGUAUGUUAUUAAAACCUGGUUUGAUACUUUGUUUAUACUAUCCUCAGCUGAACCCUUAAAUAUGAAUUCCGUUUUCAUUGUCAAGAGUGUUACUGUAGUAUUCUCUAGACCUUCAAUGUCUUUGUGGACAUUGUUGUGAAAUUGGUGAUCCUAUGUCUAGCUGUUGUUAGUCUUUUGGAGAGACUGGUAGGAACAGUAUGUACAGUAAAUACUUGCUAAAUAAGUUAAUUAUGACAGUUGCAUUUGCUGAUGCUACUGAGACUCUGUUACCUGCUCUUUGCUCCUAUUACUUCAUAGGCUUCUUAAUCUUCCAGGUAUUACAGCAGCACAGUGUUCUCUUUGUACAUUAUCUGUGUUUGGUUGUUUUAGGCAUAAACAGUGUAUAUUGCAACGCAUUUGGGCAUUUGUGCCAUACUGAAAUAAUUGAAAAAAAAAUCACUGUAAUUAAAUUUCAAAAAAAUUUCCAGAAAACACAGGGCAAGAUACAUGCAGUGCCUUCCGACAAUAAGCAUUCCAUACUCUACUGCAUUCAGUAUCAGCCAGUACAGUGGACUCCAUCCUAGAUUACUGUCAUUGUCAAAAAGUAACUUUUAAAAAGCAGAAAUAAUAAAGACUGCAAUGCUGAAAACAAAAGAGAAAUGGGAAAAUAAAAGUAAGGAGACAAUUUAUUUGAAGGGGCAUUUCCCCAUAAAUAUAAAAAGAAAAACGUUAUCAUCAACUAGACCACAUGAUAAUUUGGUUUCCAUUUGAACAGGUCACCUUCAGUAAAAAUGUCAACAUGGUAUUAAAAUAAAAGAAAAAUAAACAAGUUAUUGCAAAACUAAAAUCAUACAACAGCAUGCCAACAGUAAUCCAUACUCUGUAAGACUUUACCUAUGUGAGCUUUUGAAACUCUCUGCAGCAUUAAGCAAUGUAUAUGCAAAUUAUAAUGGACACACUUCAGAAUCUAAGAAAUCUGACAAGUGCUUAAAAAGGCCAACAGUCUAAGGGAUUACAUCUGCAGCUUAAGAAAAUAAAUAUAUAUAUAUUCUAUCUUAUUCAUAAACAAUAUCUAUCAAAUGGUUUACCUCUAAAUAUGAAAAUCUUUAACAACCUAUGGUUGAAGGAAUGCUCAGUUUCAUUUGCCAAUAAAUUGGUUUCUCAUAACUUGCAUCAAGUUUAAUUUUAAGUAAAGCUUUUUAUAUGUAGAUAUUUUGUUGAAUUUGUAAAUAUACCUAAAGUGUAGAUGCUAUAUGCUUAUAGGAGUUACAUACAAAUAAACAAGUAAACAAUGUUUAUGUUGCACUGUGUAAGAAGUAAGCUAAUUGAUGCAGUGCAUGGGAUUGGAAAGUUCUAAGUACCUUUUGUGUUUUUUCUCCCUUUUUGCUGUGAUGCGGAAAUAGUGAACUUUUCCACAGCAGGUUUCUAGCUGAAAUCUUCAGAGCUUUGCCUAUGGAGCACAGUAGGUUUAAUCACCUGGCAUCUUUGGUAAAUGCAGGUAAAGCAUAGUUUGAAGUAAUCCCAGGUCAAGAUGGCCCUAAAUGCUUUCAUUUCUCUAUAUCCACCUAUCCUUUGAAAAACAAAAAUAAAAAUAAAAUGGACUUGCCUUGACAUCAGAGAGCACAAAGAUAAAAGUUAUUUUGUCAAUGUUUCAGGAGAACAAUAAAAGUACAGAUUUUUACCCUUCCAUAAUGGUACAUGCUAAAUUUAUCUGUGCAUGGAGUCACUUCUGUAAUAAUGCAACAGAUUUUGUAUUAAAAAUUAAAUGUGGUUUUAAAAGUCCCUCUCUCUUUUGUAAUUUAUCAUGUGGAGUGUGGAUAUUAAGUCAUGGUAUAUGUAACAAUAUAGGCAAAUGUGAAAAAAAGUAACUGUUAAACCUUCUUGAUCUCUUUGUGU